UUCAAAUCGAUUAUCGUCUCUGAAUACCAACGCAACGCUCGCUUUCUCGUUACAAAAUGGCAAAGAAGCGGAAGCACGAUUCCGAGUCCAUAGACCCAACCGCGCCCCCGCAGAAACAACAGCAGCAGAAGCUGGAACCAGUCGCUGUGAAACGAGAACCCACAACUCAAAACGAACAAACCCCCCCGCAGAAACAACAGCAGCAGCAGCGGGAACCAGUCUAUGUGAAACGAGAACCCACAACUCAAAACGAACAAACCGCCCCGCAGAAACAACAGCAGCAGAAGCUGGAACCAGUCGCUGUGAAACUAGAACCCACAACUCAGAACGAACAAACCCCCCCGCAGAAACAACAGCAGCAGAAUCUGGAACCAGUCGCUGUGAAACUAGAACCCACAACUCAAAACGAACAAACCGUGGAAGAAGAGUACGAGGAGGAAUACGAAGAAAUCGAAGAAGAAGAGGAAGUGGAGGAGGAGGAAGAGAACGACCAUGAAGAUCAGAAUGCCAGCAAUCAGACGUUACAGAAUGCGUCCACGUCGAAUCUUGGAGCAGUCGAAGAGGGCGAUGAUGAGGAUGAACCGAUAUCGAAGCUCCUGGAGCCGUUCAGUAAAGAACAACUUGUUAUGCUGCUAUGCGAAGCCGCGGAUUCUCACCGCGAUGUCGCGGAUCGAAUUCUGGUAGUGGCCGAUGAGGACCAUGUGCACCGUAAGAUCUUUGUUCACGGACUUGGCAGGGACACUAACGGCGAGAUUCUUAGGAGCGAGUUCAAGCAGUACGGGGAGAUUGAGGACUGCAAGGCCGUCCGUGACAAGAUUUCGGGGAAAUCAAAGGGAUACGGUUUCAUCCUCUUCAAGAGUAGACGCGGAGCUCGUGAGGCCUUGAAGCAGCCCCAGAAGAAAAUUGGCAAUAGGAUGACUGCUUGCCAGCUUGCAUCUAUUGGCCCAGUCCCCGCACCCGGCACUGCCCCCGCCGUUCAGCCUCAGCAGCAGCUGUUGUCCGAGUAUACACUGAGAAAGAUAUAUGUGAGCAAUGUUGGGGCUGAAUUGGAUCCACAGAAGUUACUAGCCUUCUUUUCCAAGUUUGGAGAGAUUGAGGAAGGGCCAUUGGGGCUCGAUAAGAUGACUGGGAAGCCCAAAGGAUUUUGCUUGUUUGUGUAUAAGACAGUUGAGAGCGCAAAAAUGGCCCUAGAGGAGCCGCACAAGAACUUUGAGGGGCAUAUCUUGCACUGCCAGAAGGCUAUUGAUGGGCGGAAACCAGGUAAAGGUCAUCCGCGGCAGCAUCAUGGACAGCACAAUUCGCAAUUUCAAAGGAAUGAUAAUCAGGGAUUUGUGGGUGGAGCUGCUGCGGGGGGUGGGCAUCUAAUGGCACCGGCUGCUGGUAUUGGAUUCAACCAAGGGGGCGCUGCACCACAGGCAUUCAAUGCAGCUCUUGGGCAGGCACUGACAGCAUUGCUGGCAACACAGGGUGCCGGCUUGGGACUAAGUAAUCUGCUUGGGACAUUGGGUUCUGCAGCUACCGGACUACAGGCUGUGCCAAGUUCAGCUACUGGACUACAGGCUGUGUAUGGGACCCAGACAAAUAUAAGCCCUGGAGUGGUGGGAGGAUACGGUAAUCAGGCUGGGAUGCAGGGACCCUAUCCAAAUCAGCAGAUAGGGCAGGGCGGGUCUGGAAGGGGGCAGCAUGGUGUUGGCCAAUUUGGUGGUGUUGGACCUUAUAUGGGGCAUUAGGUGUCCCUCAGGUGACCUUGAUGCAGGUUGAGCAACCGUAAUUAUUAUGGCUUACUUGCACUAAUGAUUUUUUUCAUAUGGUUAGAAUGUUAGAUUGAAUAAGAUAACUGAGAUCUUCAGAUUGAUUUCAGAGUUCAUUUCCUUGGAAAACGUGUCAUGUGGUUUUUUAAAGCAAAAAAAUAGAGUAUAGUAUAGAACUGAGGAAACAUUUCCUAUUUCUUGGGAUAAAAUACUGCUUUAAAAUUACUUUGUGUGCGUAAAUUGAGCAGCUGCUUUAGAAGUACUAUUUUUGGUGUUUCCAAGUGUUUUCUUUGUCGCCUUACUUGAAUCAAAUGUUUAACAUCUUCAUCAAACUUUGUGUUGGUUA